CCGAUCGCAAGUGCCACGCGAUCCGGGGGCGCAGAUCGUUUUGUGUCUGCUCCUCCGCCACUUGUCUCCACCAGGGCACUCGGCCGGCUCCUCUGAUCGCCGGCCGCCUCUGAUCGCCGCCGUCCCCGCCUUGCCUCCCGCCGGUCGCCGCUCUCCCGCACCGCCGGAUCAUCCUCCAAGGUGCAGGUACAACCGGCCUGGCCUCCUCCCGGAAUCUCCCUGGCUCUGCCUGCUGCGCCAUCGUGCAUGCGUCGCAGACGGAGAAAGAGGAAGGAAGCAGCGGCCACCACCAAGCCAUGACCAUGAAGAACGCGUGGCAGGCAAACUCCGCCAUGAGCACAAUCAGCAGGGAGCCGGUGCUGUCGAAGACCACCGAGAGGGGGGAGAACGACAGGCUCGAGUACGCGGUGUCAUCCAUGCAAGGUUACCGUGCCAACAUGGAAGAUGCUCAUGCAGCUGUUGAAGAUCUUGAUGUUUCCACCGCCACAUCGUUCUUUGGUGUUUAUGAUGGGCAUGGAGGACCUGCUGUAUCGAUGUACUGUGCGAAACACUUCCAUCUUGAGGUCCAGAAGCAUCCACACUUCAAUGACAGUCUGCGUAUUGCGGUGGAGAGCGCGUUCUUCAGAAUGGAUCAGAUGAUGAUGACAGAGGAGGGACGGAGGGAAUUAUAUGAGUAUAGCCCUGCUAAUAAUAAUGCCAAUGCGAAUUCGACUGUCAAGGAUAUGUUGCUCAGUUGUGCUUGUGUAAAUUUGAAGAAACGCCCCGGGCCAGCAGAUGUAGGAAGUACCGCUUGUGUGGCUCUCAUUAGAGACAACCAGAUCAUUGUUGGGAAUGCUGGUGAUUGUCGUUGCGUAAUCUCAAGGAAUGGUCAGGCAACUGUUUUGACCAACGAUCACAAACCAAGUGUGCCGGCUGAAAAACGGAGAAUAGAGAACGCGGGGCGUUCCGUAACAGUUACUGGGGGAGCCGGUCGUAUCGACGGUGGAAUUGCGGUCUCAAGAUCGAUCGGUGAUAUGAGGUACAAAAGCAAUAGUCGGCUGACCCCUGCAUUACAAGCACUGACUUGUUCUCCUGAGAUUCGACUAGAAAACAUAACUGCUGAAACUGAGUUCCUUGUUAUGGCCUGUGAUGGAGUAUGGGACGUCGUGCUAACCCAGGGUCUGGUUGAAAUUAUACGAAAGAACAUGAAAUCUGGGAUGGACCUGGGGAAGAACUGCGAGGCCAUCCUCGACAUGUGUGUAGAACCACCGCAACCGUCGGUCGACAACAUGACCAUCCUGCUGGUUCGGUUCAAGCACAAGGAGGCAGCGGCAGCAGCAGCGGCACCCGACCCAUCCAGAGCCGACGAUGGCAAGCACAAGAGCAAAGCCUCCGUGGAACUUGGGGUGACAGACAACCUCAACAAGGCCGCGCCGCCUACUGCAAGUGCAAGAGCAAAGCCCCGCAGAAGCUUCUGAAUCCUAUGAGCCAUGCAGUCGUCACAGAGUUAGUGGUCUCCUUUGACUUGAUUUUGCUAGGAUGAUUCCACAUGAGUUAGAAGUUUGUCAGUGCCGGGGACGGAGGCUUGGCUUGUGAAGAGACGCUUUGAUGCUCGCAUGUUUCAGUUUUUACAUUUUUUGGUUCUCUUUUUGACUUGAAGAUGAUGGCAUAAUUCUUUUGAAAUGACUGAUUGAUUCCGUGCUAAUACUCUUUAAUACUUCGUUCCAA